GCACACGGGAAGGUUGCUCGUCAGCACCUGGGCACCAUCCCCACUUUCAAGCUAGCAUCUUCACUCCGGUUAUACAAAGGAUGUGAAGCUGUCCCAGAGCAAUUCGAACUCUUGGCAAGCACCACUUGUCGCCAUCUUUGUUAGGGUCACGAUGACUUCCGACUGGGGCGGAAGAGAAUGUAAUCCGGUUGGUGGGUCUGAGUCGAGGAAGGCGGGAAUUUGGUCAUCUCGCUUCUCGCCCUCUGGCGGAUCCAGACAGCAGACCGACUCAUGCUCCCAGACCUACACUGAAAGUCCCCAGUGGGGUGACUUUCCGGGGUGCGGGCUUCCAGAUGGGGGAUGAGGGGCCAGGAAGUACGGUUCAUCUGCUGUGCCUCGCAGCCUCCAGCGGGGUCCCCCUGUUCUGCAGGAGCAGCAGCGGCGGCGCCCCCUCCCGUCAACAGGUGGGGUACUGGACUCCUGCACCUAAAUAAGAAGGGGUUUGAGAAGCUGGGACUGCGUGUCUCGCAGGGAGUAGAGGCUGGGGGCCUUUUGCUGAUAAGGGGGACUACUGCUAAGCCUGGCUUCCCGAAGAACUUGGGGGGAACAUGGAAGAGGCUGCAGAGUGGGACACCAGGGUCUCAAGGGGGUGUCUUCGGAGUUACUACAGUGUUCCCCACCCCUGCUCAGCUUCCGUUUUCUGUCGUCGGCUCCCUCAAUGGAGUGCACAUGUUCGCGCAGAAUCUGGACGUGCAGCUGAACUCUGCAAGAACGGAAGACACAACCGUGGUUUGGAAGAGCUUUCAUGACAGCAUCACACUCAUUGCUGUGUCAUCCGAGGAGGGCGCCUCGGAGCUGAGUCUGGGAAGGAUGCUCCACAUGGUGUUUGGGGCCAUGGUUCUCAUUGUGGGACUUGAGGAGCUGACCAACAUCCGGAAUGUAGAGCGGCUGAAGAAAGAGCUGAGGGCCAGCUACUGUCUCAUUGACAGCUUCCUGGGGAGCUCAGAGCUCAUCGGGGACCUGACCCAGUGUGUGGACUCUGUCAUUCCUCCAGAGGGCUCUCUCAUGCAGGAAACCCUCUCAGGGUUUGCGGAGGCCACGGGCACAGCCUUCGUCAGCCUGCUGGUAUCAGGCCGAGUGGUGGCAGCCACCGAGGGCUGGUGGCGCCUGGGCAUGCCUGAAGCCGUGCUGCUCCCCUGGCUGGUGGGGUCUCUGCCACCACAGGCCGCUCGCGACUACCCGGUGUACCUGCCACACGGGAGCCCCAAGGUCCCGCACCGCCUGUUGACCUUGACGCUGCUGCGGGGCCUGGAGUUGUGUCUGCUGUGCGGGCCGCGCCCACCCCUCGGCCAGCUGGACCCACAGCUGUUGGAACGCUGGUGGCAGCCGCUGCUGGAGCCCCUCCGCGCCUGCCUGCCCCUGGGCCCUAGGGUGCUGCCCGAAGGGUUCCCGCUGCACGGCGACAUCCUCGGCCUGCUGUUGCUCCACUUGGAACUGAGACGCUGCCUCUUCACUGUGGAGCCUUCACCCGAUAAAGAGCCUUCCCCUGGGCAGCGCCGGCGCCUCCUUAGAAACUUCUACGCUCUGGUGGUCACCACACACUUCCCAGCAGGGCCUGCAGAGAAAGAAGAGGAUGCAGGCAGCCCAGCCCAGAGGCCCAGAGCUUGCUAUCUGGUGCUGGGACCGGGCAUGGGGUGGCGGCUGGUGGCCUUGCAGCUCGGACUCCGGCUGCUGUUGCUGAUGCUGUCUCCUCAGAGCCCCACCCAUGGGCUGCGAGGCCUUGCCACCCACACUCUACAAGCCCUCACCCCGUUCCUUUGACCAUCCGGGGUGGGUGUCAAUAGAUGGGGUAGUAAUGUUA